GAUUUAAUUAUAGUGUGCAAAUUUAUUUUUUUUUAUUUUUUAUAAUGUGCAAAUGAAAAGUUGUACACUAGAUUUGCAAAUUAUUAUAAUAUGCAUUUAAGCGAGGAUUUGUUUACAAUUCUGUACGAAUAAAAGGGCAAGGGAAAUUUAGGAAAACCAGAGAGGAAAACCGUAGAAAAACAAGUAAGCCAUGGAAAUUGAAAAAAGUGGAAGAUGUUGCAGCGAAAAACUGUAGUGCAUACUGUAGUGUUUCAAAUAUGGAGAUUAUAAAUAAAUACAGUUUAAGUAAUAGCUGUAAUUUGGUUAACUAGUUCAGAGAAUAAGUUCUUGUUGAUAGAUUUAGUGUUAUACUAUUUAUUCAUAAAAAGUUCCCUAUUUAAGUAAAUACCAGAGCUCUUAAAUUUAGCUUUAUAGAAAAUAUGCCUCCAAAAAGGAAAAAGACCCCAGCAGUAGUAGUUGGUACUGUUUCAACAAGAUCAACUCGUAGGGAAAGUAUAGUUAAUAUUGAGAUACCAAAAACAAAUAAAUCAAAGACAUCUAUAAAAAAAUCCAAAAAUGUCAUCAAAACACCAGAAAGGAAGAAAUUAAGCAGCCCCGAUCGUAAAAAGGCAAGUCCAGAAAUUCUGGAAAUUUUAAAGGAUUGGUCAGAUGAAGAAACUAACGAUGAGAAAAUUAUCUCGCUUAAACAAACAGAAAAAAAUACAGCAGCAAAAAUAUCUAAUGUUUUAAGUGGUGACCAUCAAUCUCUAAUUGAUAUUUUAGAAGGAAACCAGACAGACACUGUUGCACCUAUUUUAACUGAUAACAAACCAAUUAUUGAAGAAGAUAGUGAAUUAGUGAACAGCCAAAUUCUGAAUGUAGAAAGUCCAAGUGAAACAGAAGUGAUUGAAGAGUGUGUUGUUGAAGAUGAUGGCAUUAUUUUAGAAUUAUCAGUAGAUCAAAUUAAAACUGAUACUAAGAAAGAAAUUAUAGGUUUUUCGGAAGAAUGUUCGGCUGAUGCAGAAAAUAAAAUUGAAUACAUUUUUACAGAUGAUGAAAAUAAAUCCAUGUCAUCUGAAGAUACAUCUCAAAGCAUGGUAACAGUAAAGGAUGAUGACAUUAUUCUGGAAUUAUCAGAAACACACAUUCCAAAAGAAACUAUAAGUUCAGAGGAAUAUUCAGCUGAUGCAGAUUCAGAAUCACAAAAGUCAGAAAGUAGAAUUGAAUAUAUUUUUACAGAUGAUGAAAAUAAAUCCGUAUCAUCUAACAGUGUAACUGUGAAGAAUGAAGACAUUAUUUUGGAAUUAUCAGAAGAUCAAAUAAAAACAGGCAAGCCAAAAGAAACAAGUUUUUCAGAGCAAUGUUCACCUAAUACUGAUUCAGCAUCCCAAAAGUCAGAAAAUAGAAUUGAAUACUUUUUUACCGAGGAUGAAAAUAAAUCUUCAUCUGAAGAUACAUCCCAAAGCAUGGUAACAGUGAAGGAUGAUGGCAUCAUAUUAGAAUUAGCAAAUCAAAUUAAAGCUGACACUCCAAAGGAAACGAUUAUUGUUUCAGAAGAAUGUUCAACUGAUGCAGAUUUAAAAUCACAGAAGUCAGAAAAUAAGAUUGAAUAUGUUUCGUUAAAUUACUCUGAUCUGAAUAAUGUGGAAGAAAGUGUUACUUCAUUUGUUACUGGGACAGAUGACGAAAAUAACUCCAUAUCAUCUAAAGGUGUAACAGUGAAGGAUGAUCUCUCUGAUAGAAUUGUUCCAGAUAACUCCAUUAAUAAUUUUGAAAUUGCAGCAGAACAAGUAGUUUAUGAUGGUGUUGAAGUUGACGAAUACAAAAUCCCAACUAAAGAAUUUGUUGAAUCUAGUUUACCUUCUACAAGUGCAAGUCCUAAUCUUGAUAGUAUCAGUAAUGUUGCUGAAGAUGAGUAUGAGAAAAAUGGUGAUGUUAUUGAAAAAUCUAAUGGAUUUUCACAGAUUGUUUCAAAUAAGCAUAUAGAUAAUGAGACUAUGUUGAUAGAAAGUGACGAGAAGACUCCUUCAGAAAUAUCACAUCAAGCUGGUGACAGUUCCAGAAGCAAUGAUGAAACUAUAGAGUCGUCAGCUUCAGGAACACCUCCUAGUCAAAUAAAAUCAAAUGAAAAAGAACUUUUUGAAAAUACUUGUGUUUCGACAGAUGAAAAUGCAAGCCAUUUAAUAGUGGCAUCUAAAGAUGAAUGUGAAACUUUAGAGAGUAUUCUUUGUGACAGAGUGACUGAGUCGAUGAAAAUAAGUAACAAAGAUGCAACUAGCAAAAUCCCUGACCUCGUAUCAGAAAAAUUAGGUGACACAAUGGCAAAAAUGCAUAUUCAAGAAGAUAAAGAUUCAAGAAAUCAGAAUAGUGCACUUAUUAAGGAUUGUGAUUUAUCAAAAGAAAGAGAAAUUAAAGAAUCAGAAAAUGAUCUGUCACCAAGCAAGAAUGAUACAUUAAAAACGACCCUUAAAGGUAAAUAUAAUAAGAGAAGCUCAGAGAAACCAACGAGAAAGAGUACAAGAAAUAAAUCUUUGAAUAAUUUAGAUACAAAUGAGGGUUCUCUGCAGUCAAAAGCGGCUAUAGCACCAAACAAAGAUAACACAAAUGUGACUUCAGAAAACACAGAAAGGAAGAAAAGUGAUGUUGCAGAGCAUACCUUGAAAGAUAUUUCAUUGUUUGGUUCACUGGAAUAUGACAUAACAAAAGAAAUGGAAGGUGAUCCUAAUAAAAAAACGACUAAAGGUGGAAAAGGGAAGGCAAAAAGAAAUUCAAGAAAAAGUAAAGAUGCAGACAGUCAGGGAUCAAGUCCAAUGGAGGUUGUAGAAUCAAAUCAAGCAGUAGAAAAAUCAACUAAUGAUACAAAUAAAUCAAAAAAAGUUAGAAGUCCUACUUCUAACAGUAGCGACAUGGACACUGACGCACCAAUAGAUAACUCAGAAAAUGCUUCAAUAGCUGAAACUGAAAAUUCUCUUGAAAUAAGUCUACAAAAAGCAUCCUCCAAGUCACAAAAGAAAACUCCAAAGAAACCAGCCCUACCAAAAGAAGUUAAAACCAAAGACCAGAAAAAGAAAAAUUCCAAACAGAAAAAAGAUCGAAAAUCUGAUGCUUCUGAAGAAGUGCGCCGGUCGGACAGGAUUAAAACUAUAAUACCGAUUAAGAAAAGAUCUCGUGGUUUGGUGAGGUCAAAAUCGGAAUCUACAUUGUUUGAUCCUGAUACCUCUGAUACCAGUUCGGUUCAGAGCGAAUUCGAGAAAUGCACGCCGAAUUCUUCUCCUCAGAUCGUUAAAAAAGACAAAUACAAAUCUAAAUCUAAGUCUGUUGAAAAUGUGUCUGUAUCUAGAUCAUCUUCUCCACAUACAGAAAGUUUUCCUCAAAUGCCCAAAGCGGAUGGCGUUAAAACUGAUAAAUCGGGUCAAGAGGAGAUAGCGGCGCGUUUAAAAACUUUUGCACAUUUAAAAGAGAACCAGUAUAAAACAGACAGACAGAUUUGCAAAGAGGCGCAAGAAAUGGCUUGUGAUUGUUACCUAGCUGAAGAAGAUAUCCAAAAGAACGAGUUUGGGUGUGGAGAAGAUUGCUUGAACAGGCUUUUGCUCAUUGAAUGCGGACUUCUAUGCCAAGUCGGGGAUAGGUGUACUAACAAGCGCUUCCAGAAAGGCCAGUUUGCGCCGGUUGAGGUAUUUAAAACUGAGAAAAAGGGUCUAGGACUUAGAGCCGCUGCUAACAUACCUUAUGGCGAAUUUAUCUUGGAAUAUAUAGGAGAAGUUUUAGAUCCACAUGAGUUUGACAAAAGGGCUGAAGUCUACUCCAAAGAUAAAAAUAUUCAUUUUUACUUUAUGUCUCUACGGUCUGACGCAAUUAUUGACGCAACUAUGAGAGGCAAUAUAUCAAGAUUUAUUAACCAUUCCUGCGAUCCUAAUGCUGAGACCCAGAAAUGGACGGUGAACGGUGAGCUGCGUAUCGGAUUUUUUAGUACCAGAACGAUUUUGGCGGGCGAAGAAAUCACUUUCGAUUAUAGAUUUCAGAGAUAUGGCAAAGAAGCUCAGAAAUGUUACUGCGAAGCUGCCACUUGUCGCGGAUGGCUCGGAGAACGACCGGUCGAGUCCGAAGACGAGGAGGAAGAAGAGGAGGAGGAAGACCUCCCCAAACCUCCCUCCGCCGUGGAAGUCAAACCGACCCCUGUAGCGGGCGAAAUCGAAACAACCGACGAGUUAGCGGUGGAGAAACCUGCAGAGGUAGAUAUCAAGACUGAAGAUCUUCCGGAAGAUGCCAAGAAAGAGGAGGUUUCUGUCGAUCUUCUACCUACGCCAAAGAAAAUCGUUAGAAAGAAGGCUAGAAAAGAAGUUUUGUACGAAGAUUUCGAUCAACUAAUCGAAGACAUCGAAAUGUUGGUAACGACCGGCUUGAAAAACCAAGCCCACACAUUGAAGCUAAGCAGAUUGAUGGUGAGAGCCAAAGACCUAGAACAGCGCAAGAAACUACUGCGCGUAUUGCGAAGAGGAGAACUACCGUGCCGUCGCCUCUUUUUGGAUUACCACGGAUUAAGAUUCAUGCAUGGUUAUAUGAUCGACGCCCAGCAACAAACCUGCCCCGAUCCUUCGGCCCUGUUGCAGACCAAACUGGAGCUAUUGCAAACGUUGGCAGUGUUGCCAAUUCAAAAUAAGACGAUGCUGAUCGAGAGUAAGGUGCUGCCCGCCGUGGAGAAAUGGUCGAAGAACGAAGAUCUGAUAGAGGAGGGUGGGAGUAACGAUGUGGUUAUGAAGGAGAAACAAGAAGGGAAAGUUGAGGGUAUGGAUCCUUUGGUUGCGGAGAAGAUCGAGGAGAUCAAGUUUCUGGCUAGUAAACUUCUAGAAGAAUGGAGAAAUUUAAAGGAGAGUUUCCGCAUACCGAAGAAGCAAAGGAUUGAGCAAAUGAAGGAGCACGAAAAAGAAGCAAACAGGAAAUUUAUGGCUAGUACUUACGCCCAAGAGCAAGAAACGUCCAGGAAAACUGACCAGCAGCGGUACCGUUCGUGGUCUCGUUACAAAAUCGAAAGAGAAACCACCAAGAAAGGCUCUAAAUAUGACGAUAAAGAUAAACCGUCGGCGGCAUUUUUGAAGAUCAGCAAACACGAGAGGCGCAAACUGUUCGCUCUUCAGAUGGAACUGAAGGAAGAAGAGAGACGGAUGAAGCAAAGGGAGAUGUGGAGACAGCACGAACUAAAUUGUAUGAUGAUAGGAGCGGAUCCUAGGUUCACGGCCCCCUUCGAUCCGAGCAAAGGGUUCCAGUACAUUUGGAACCCUUCCAUCGGUCAGUGGCAAGCCUUACCUGUGCCCAGCAUACAGAAUCAGGGAGUUUUUAACUCGCCAGUUACAUCUCAAGGUGUUGGGGGAUUUACUGUACCUUCGUCGCUUCCAUCUCACAAAUCUAGUUAUAUGAAUCCGUAUCAACCUCCAAAUCUAAACGUCGCAGGAUUGUCAGGAUCUACACAGCAGUAUCCCACUAUACAGUCAAACAUUACUACUUUGGUACCCGGAUUGCCGGGUUCUAUUCCAGUUCCAGGCCUUACAAGUUCUGUACCUGGUAUAACCCAACCUCCUUUACCAUCGUUACCACCGAUGUAUCAAGAAGUCAAAGAAGAAGAUCCGUCUCAAGUGAAAUUUGCAGGUCCUAUACCGCCACCAGCCAAACUCCCGCCAAAGUGGAAAUGUGCCAAGGAUAAGUAUGGAAGACCUUACUACUAUCACAUAAAAAUCAGAAAGAGCCAAUGGGAACCACCUCCAUUACCCGAACCCGUCGAAGAAUCUUCUGAGUCAUCCAGUUCUGAUACGAGCAGUUUGAGCUCGUCAGAUUCUAGUUCGGACUCUGAUACCGAAGAUGAAAUCGACGAUGCCAAAUUACUAAUGGAGGUGCGCAAACAAAUGGACAAAAUUCCGCGAGGUAGUGUGAAAUCGGUCAUACCCGAUCGUCUCAAGCGAGAGGGCAAGGAUUCUGCUACUCCAAGUCCAGAAAUAAAGGUCGAAUCUGACAACGAGGAGGCAACUGAACAAUCUAAGAAAGAACCAGAAGAGAAUUUAGAACCACUUUCCUCCAUAGAUAUAAGAUUAAAGGAACAAUUUAACUUAGACGAUCCAGAACCACCGAAAAAGAAGAAACGACUAGGAUUGUGCGAGGAAAUUAUAAUUAGCCCUAGAACAGAGGAAGACCGCCUGCAAUUCAAAGAGGACAUUAAACGUUACAAAGCAACCAAGGAGAAGCUGAAACGUCAGAAAGAACAGAUGGCCCACCAGGUAAAGAAGAAGGUGAAGUUGAUUAUAGACGACGAACCGAAGAAAUCGAAAGAGAAGAAGUACGCGAAGUCGUCAGCGAAGUCGCGCAUCAGGGAAAUGAAGGAUUGGAAUAACGAAAGUGCGAAAAAAAUCAAGGAAAUAUUUAGAUCUAGUAUGGCCACUACGGUGGUGAGCGUGCUGAACGCUUACAGGAAGCCGGACUGUAAAGAGGGGCGGAUCGUUAACACUGAAGAUUUCAAGCAUCUCGCAAGAAAGUUGACACAUUUUGUGAUGCUGAAGGAGAUAAAGCAUAUAGAUAAGAUUGAAGACCUGGAAUGCACGGACAAUGUAAAGACAAAAGCAAGAGAAUAUAUCAGAAAAUAUAUGAGUAAGUUUGGAGAAUUUUAUCAGAAACGACAAGAUGAACCCGACUUUAAGGAUUGACCAGUCAUCUAAAACUGUGAUAAUGGAGAAAAAUGAUUGGGAAAAAACUUUUUAUUGUUAACUUUUUAAUAUUUAUUUUGUCAAUUGUAUUUUUGGGUGGAUGAAAAGUGGAUUAAACAUAAAUAUUACUUUGUUAUUCUUUAUUAAAAACAUUGUUAUAACAUUGUUUUAAGUCAUUAUAGUCCAAUGUUUGAUAUAUUUGGAGGGUUUUAUUUAAUUAUUGUUAUGAUUUCAUACCAUACGUUUUUUAAUUUUACGAAAAUAUUUGUAAAUUUUUAUUUAUAUUGUAUUCUUGUAAAUGCUCUGAAAACUGUAGGUAUGUAAAAUUUUCGAAAAAAAAAUUAUGUAACAAAUUAUAAAAAAAAUAAUAAUUUGUGACUUUAUAUAGAAAACGGAAAAGUGUGGUAAAUGUUUCUUGAACUUUUUUUUGACCUUUUUUUGUACUGUUUAAUUGAAUAAUUUAAUAAAGUUUUUUUUGUAAGU